AUGACGGAUCAGUGGAACGAAACCGCAGAGCGUUUGCUCCCUAACGCGUCCGACUCGCGGCCGUGGGACGACGCGACGCUCCUGGGUCUCCAGAUCUCGCUCUCGGUCCUACUGGCCCUGGUCACGCUGGCCACCGUGCUGUCCAACGGCUUUGUGAUCGCCACCAUCGUCCUGACGCACAAGCUGCACACGCCGGCAAACUUCCUGAUCGGCUCGCUGGCCCUGACCGACCUGCUGGUUUCCAUCCUGGUAAUGCCCAUCAGCAUCCUAUACACGGUGAGCAAGACCUGGACCCUGGGUCAGGUGGUCUGUGACAUCUGGCUCUCGUCGGACAUCACCUUCUGCACGGCGUCCAUCCUGCACCUGUGCGUCAUCGCGCUGGACCGCUACUGGGCCAUCACCGACGCCCUGCAGUACUCCAAGAAGCGGACGACGCGGCGGGCGGCCCUGAUGAUCGCCGUCGUGUGGGUCAUCUCCAUCUCCAUCUCCCUCCCGCCGCUCUUCUGGAGGCAAGCCAAGGCGCACGAGGAGUUGACUGAAUGCAUGGUCAAUACAGAUCAGAUCUCGUACACGCUCUACUCCACCUUCGGCGCCUUCUACGUCCCCACCGUGCUCCUCGUCAUCCUGUACGGGCGCAUCUACGUGGCCGCGCGCAGCCGCAUCUUCAAGCCGCCGACGCCCUCGGCCAAGCGCUUCACCACGGCUCAGCUCAUCCAGACGUCGGCCGGGUCGUCGCUCUGCUCGCUCAACUCCUCGUCCAUCCAUGAGGGGCAUCUUCAGCAUCUCCACGCUGAAGGUGGAGGGUCGCCGCUCUUUACGAACAGCGUGAAGGUCAAGCUGGCGGACAGCAUGCUCGAACGGAAGCGGCUCUGUGCGGCGAGGGAGAAGAAAGCCACGAAGACUCUGGGGAUCAUCCUCGGAGCGUUCAUUAUCUGCUGGCUGCCGUUCUUCGUGGGGACGCUGGUCAUGGCCAUCUGUAAAGGCUGCUGGUUCCAUCCGGCGCUCUUCGAUUUCUUCACCUGGCUCGGGUAUCUGAACUCGCUCAUAAACCCGGUCAUUUACACCGUCUUCAACGACGAAUUCAGGCAGGCCUUCCAAAAACUCGUCAAGCUCAAGAGAUGCUGCUGA